UCCAUUAAAAAUAUAUUAGAUAUUAUCGAAAGAUAUGAGAGAGAGAGAGAGAAAGAGAGAGAGGCUGUAAAUUACAUUUAUAUGCUUCUACUUUGGAGGAAGCUUCGUGGAAGUUGCAAUGGCUACUCUGCCACACUCCCAUUUAACCCCUCUACCUUCCUCCCUCUUUCCAUCCAAACCCCAUUUCUUCUUCUUCUUCCUUUCUUUCUCUCUCCACUUCCUUUCUCUUCCAUUCCUUCUCAUUAUGAAGCUCCCGAAAUCCCUCAAGCUCAGCCCGAAACGCCUUUUUGGGUCCAAAAAGAACCGCCCCGACUUGUCCCGCCAUGACCCACUUUCAUUCGGAUCCUCCACCUCGUCUUCCUCGAGUUCCGACUCGGCCGCGUCACUUCACAAGCCCGGUUCCGGGACCGAAUUCGCAAAUAUCGGGACACCCAAAAGCGUUUUACCCCAAGUAUCGGGCGACUGGGGCGAGAUUUCGGCCGAAAAGCAGUUGGAACUCGUUCAGGCGUUUAAGCUCAUGGACCGAGACAACGACGGCAUAGUUUCCCGAAAAGAACUCGAGGCUCUUCUGAGUCGACUCGGGGCCGAGCCCCUGAGUCAAGAAGAGGUGACCAUGAUGUUGAGCGACGUGGACGGCGAGGGACACGGCUGCAUCAGCGUCGACGCGUUGCUGACCCGUGUCGGAUCCGAGUGCGGGCCCGCCGGCGACACGGAGCUCCGCGAGACUUUCGAUUUCUUCGACACGGAUCACGACGGAAAGAUAACGGCGGAGGAACUGUUAUCGGUCUUUCAAACGAUUGGUGACGAGCGUUGCACGUUAGAGGAUUGCCGGAGAAUGAUUGACGGCGUUGAUAAGAACGGAGAUGGGUUCGUGUGCUUCGAGGACUUCUCGCGUAUGAUGGAGCUGCAGAGAUGAAUAAUAAAUCUAACGGUUGAUCUUGUUGAUGAUGUGGCUCUUGAUGUUGAAAAAAAAAAAAAAAAAAGUCCUUUUGAUUUUUUUGCUGUUUUUUUUUUUUUUUUGGGUUGGGACUUAUUAGGGAAUAUUGUCAUUUAUCUGAUAAUCAUAAUCAGAAAUGGUUGUUUUGUUUUUCUAAGGUUGAGAUCAAGUGCAAACAAACUUGAGAUCUUGAAGAAGAGCGUAAUAUGGAUCGAUAGAAAUGGUCCAACUUUAAUGGCCUCUUUGGAUGAAGGGAAGAAGUAGGAGAGGAGGGAAGGAGACUAGAGGAAGCUAAAAAUAAACUAAUUUAGUCUACUUUACUCUCCUUCUUUUUCCCUCCUCCAUCCAAACGAAUUAUAAGUUCAAGGAAUUGCCCCUGUGGGCUUUGGGUGUUCCAUUUUUUACGUAUAUAAUGAGGAAGAAUUGUCUUGAUCAA